AAGUGGCAAAUAUAAUAUAAGCAGUGGAAAUUCAACUGGUAACUUAAAUCAUCAUCUUAAAUCAUAUCUAGAGAAAAUUGAUUCUAAAAUUAUGAAACAAGCAGAACUCAUGAAAAGUUUCUACAGUCAGAUGAUAAAAUA